UCAGUUGAGCUCCCAACCUCAGUUGAGCUCCCAACCUCAGUUAAGCUCGGCAUUCUCGCCCUCAUCAUAGUUCCCCUGGAAAAGCCAACCUCACAUAGACAUGGCGGACCGCACGCCAUCUCCCCGGGCGCGCCGCCCGCAGCUGCCCGUCCACCGCUUCAGCUACCCACAGCUGCUCGUCGUGCCCGUCCUGCUGGCCGCCGCCUUUGUCGGCCUGGCCGUGACGCUCGCGCUGCACGACGUCAACCCGGGCCUGCUCUACAGCCAGUGCCACGCGCGCGCCCGCGUGCCCUGGCUCAGCCACGUGCCGCUCCUCGGCGCGCCCGCCUGCUACCUCGUCUCGUUCCUCUCCGAGGCGGCCGCGUCGGCCCGCGCCGCCGCGUCCAUGGCCUCGGUCCUCUCCCUCCUCGGCGGCCUAGCCACCGUCACGGCCGUCGAGGCCUCGCGCCUCUGCAACGCCUCGGCCCCGCUCAUCGCCCACCCGACGGGGCCCUGGCUUGUCUUCAACCUAGCCGGCGGCCAGCUCGUGUGGGCCCUCGUCGUGGUGCCCGCCUUUUUGCGCCGCGCCGUGCGCCUCGCGCCCCUCGUCGACGGGCCGGCCGCCGACCCCCGCCUGGCCUCGGACGCCCGCGACCUGUCCUUCGCCGCCGACGCCGCCGCCGUCCCGCUGGCCGUCGCCUUUAUUUCGUAG